AUGUUAAUGUUACUCCUUGCCCAGGAGCGAAGAGUCUGUUCUGUUUCCCCCUUAUUGAGAGUGAAGGCUCACAGUGUUUUAAGCCUUAUUUGAAUGUAGUAUUGAGAAUAAGCAAGGGUCAGUGUCUUUUGGGAAUCAAUAAUCGAUACAGAUCAGCAGGUAAACUGUUUUACAAACAGAUUGAUGGAAAAACUAAGAAAAGGGUCAUGUGCAGUGUGUUUACACAGCCCUUAAGACUAAGAGCUGGAUGACCCAGGUGAACAAAUACUGCACACAAAUAUAAGUUGUUUCCAUAACAACACAACCUGGUCGAGGAAAACUCCACGCUUCUUAUUUACUGUCCAGACUUUCCCUUGUGUUCACAUCAACUCUCAGCCAGUUGGAUCUUUUUAGAAGCUCAGCAGACACCUGGAAUCACAAACUGGAUGAAAAAGAAAAGGGAAUUUGAUGAAGCAUGGUGACCAAACCACGGGCAACAGAUCAUCUCUUUGCCUUUCUGUCUCUCCCGCCCGCCUCUCCUCUCCAGACAGGGUUGGGCCAAACAGCAGGUGGUGCAGAAGAGAAGCCCCGGACAUGGGAUUUACAAAUCUCUGGUUCUCAGACUUAUGCACCGGACAAGCAUGGAGGAGCAACAAAUCCCACAUUUCAAAAACUCAGGUGUCACAGCAAUAGCGUCUCUGGCCGAGGCUUGUUGAAUAAAGAUACACAUGGACUUGGACAGAUGACUCAAAGGAGGAGAAAGAAGUCCACCCUCUGAUCUCAGGACACUCUGUGAUGAUCAUCAGGUUACAAAGGCCAAAGGACGAUUUUAAGACAUGGAGGUGCUUCUGCUUUGUGUUUGGAAUCUAUUAGCAGAUGAACCUUGAUGUCACCAUGAGGUCAAAGAAGCCGUAACCAUUUUGUUCCACUCACCUGACUUCUGUCAGCAUGCCAACGCUGCAUAGAUGAUUCACCCUUUAAGGAGACAUCACUGGGAGCUAACAGGGUCUAAUGAUGUAGCAGCUACGGGUGACCUACAUGUGGCCUACGAUUCGAGACAGUCCGAUCACAGUCAGUAUGGAAGAGCAGACAACCUCUCUGGUCUGGAUAUAUGUUAACAGCACAGAACAACUGAACACUUCGCAUGAGUACAACACAACGGAUUUGACUGAAGACUCAGUCAAACACCAAUCUUACAUUAUCGGCCUCUUCUUGUCCUGCCUCUACACUAUCCUCCUCUUUCCUAUUGGAUUUAUUGGUAACAUCUUAAUCCUGGUGGUGAACCUGAACAGCAGAGAGAAGAUGACCAUCCCCGACCUUUACUUUGUUAACCUGGCUUUAGCUGACCUUAUCCUGGUGGCAGAUUCCCUCAUCGAGGUCUUCAAUCUGAACGAGAAGUAUUACGACUACGCCGUCCUCUGCACCUUCAUGUCCCUGUUCCUGCAGGUCAACAUGUACAGCAGCAUCUUCUUCCUCACGUGGAUGAGCUUCGACCGAUACGUCGCCUUGGCUAGCUCCAUAAGCAGCAGACCGCUGAGGACUAUGCAGCACGCCAAGCUCAGCUGUGGCCUCAUCUGGAUGGCGUCCAUCCUCGCCACCCUGCUCCCGUUCACCAUUGUGCAGACCCAGCACAGGGGCGAGGUGCACUUCUGCUUCGCCAACGUCAUCGAGAUCCAGUGGCUGGAGGUCACCAUUGGCUUUUUGGUGCCCUUCUCCAUCAUUGGUCUAUGCUACUCUCUGAUCGUGCGAAUCCUCAUGAGGGCCCAGAAGCACCGCGGGUUGUGGCCGCGGCGGCAGAAGGCCCUGCGCAUGAUCGUGGUGGUGGUUCUGGUGUUCUUCAUCUGCUGGCUGCCAGAGAACGUCUUCAUCAGCAUCCAGCUGCUACAGGGCACGGCCGACCCGUCGCAGACGACUGCUACUACCCUGUGGCAUGACUACCCGCUCACAGGCCACAUUGUUAACCUGGCAGCUUUCUCCAACAGCUGCCUCAACCCCAUUAUCUACAGCUUUCUAGGAGAAACCUUCAGGGACAAGCUGCGUCUCUUCAUUAAGCAGAAGGCCAGCUGGUCAGUAGUGAACCGCUUCUGCCACCACGCCCUCGAUUUACGCCUCCCUGUCAGGAGCGAAGUGUCAGAGGUGUGACUGUGAAGAAGAGGGACAUUUGUUAUGAAACUGAGUCCACAGAAUAUGCUAAAAAAAAAUCUUCAUAUCAAGGUGAUAUAUGACCUGCGCUUUUCUUCAUCUGUUAUUUAGCUUUGCCUCAUCAGUAAAUUUGCUCACUUUCUGAACAAAAACACAAGAAUGUACACCCAGAGAAGGAUGAAAAUGACUUGAUGUGUGCAUCCCUUUAAGUAGAUAAUAACGCACAUACAAUACUUAAAGCUAUUUUCAUGCUUAUCUGCACGUGUUUUCUUUUCGGUGUGUUAAAGUUAGCUGGGUGGCCAGGCAGGCAACAGUAAAUGAAAUGCUAGUGAGGAGCAAAAUGUCAGCAUCUAGUUCACCCUUGAAGUAUACAGCCAGCGGGCAAAGAUAACUAAUGCAUAGAUGAGUGUCAGAGGGGGCCAGCCUUUGUAUAAGACAGACAAUGAUGAAGCCUUUUGUUAUCUAUAAUGCAAAUCUUCCAGAACAGUUUCUGGGUAUGUGGGAUAACCAGUAGAAAUAGUAAAGGCAUAGAGGAAAUACUGCAUCACGUCAAAUCUAAUCAGGCUCUCCGUUUCAUCUGCAACAGAAGGGUCAUUUUCAGUUACUAUCAUCUGUACAUGUAAAAAGAAAAACAUGCAUUUAUCAAAAAAACAACACAUAUCCACCAUCUACAUCAAUACCACCAUGACAACCCUUGACAAAAUGUAGAAACGCAACAUAAAACAAUCACAGUUUUGGGAACAAAAUCAAAGACCCAACAAGCACCAGUGACUUGCUUUUCACUGUCCUCGUCGAAUAUAUUAUAUAUAUUACUGUACCCGUUUGCUUUGUGCAUUUCAGCUGACAUGAUUUUUCUUCUGUUGAAAGAAAAUUGCCUUAUGUAUAGUUAAACAUUCAUUGGACAAAAAAUGUUCACAUGUUUUAUUUUUAGAAAUAAAGAAAAUGUCCCACUUUUCCAGGAGUGUAAAAGUGGAAGUUAUUGAGAGAUGUGUUUCAAAAACAUUUAACAUAGCUACAUGUC